CAUCUAUCAGCUGGUAUGGUCCUUCUAAUGAUAUGUAUCUGCUGUUAGCUGCUAUUAAUAAUAAUGCAGAGAAAAACAUAAUCAUUCGUAUAUAUAUAUUUUUUAAUUGCGUCUCCAUUGCCUGUCUGGUUCUCUCAGGAAAGGGGGGGCGGAUAUUCAGCAUCUCUCAGCCUCCGCCCGCCUCUGUGGAUCUGUCCAGAGCGGUGGAGAGACGGAGGGGGGGAACCGCAGAGCGACAGGGGGACAGACAGAGACACAGAGAGAGAGAAAGAGAGAGAGAGGGGCGAUGGCCGCUGAUGGAGUAUGCGGGGAAUCGGCGGAUCAGUACCGGGCCGAGUUGGAGCGGCUCACCCAGGAACUGGCCGAGGCGAACCGGGAGAAGAUCCGGGCCGCGGAGUGCGGUCUUGUUGUCCUGGAGGAGAACCAGGCGCUGAAGCAGAAGUAUGCAGACCUGGAGAUCGAGCAGGAGACUCUCAGGAAGGAGUUGGAGCAACUGCAGGAGGCGUUCGGCCAGGCUUACACCAACCAGCGUAAGGUGGCAGAGGAUGGGGAGACUAACGAGGAGACGCUGCUGCAGGAGUCAGCCUCUAAGGAGGCCUACUACAUGGGCCGUCUGUUGGUGCUGCAGACGGAGGUGACGCUGAGUCGUUCUGUGGCGUCCAACGCCCAGGCCGAGAACGAGAAGCUCAACGCACUCGUGCAGGAGCUACGGGAGAGUAACGAGAUGCUGGAGCUACAGAGGAGCCGGAUGAGGGAAGAGGUCAAGGAGUAUAAGUUCAGGGAGACCAGGCUGCUUCAGGACUACACCGAGCUGGAGGAGGAGAACAUCACGCUGCAGAAACUGGUUUCUACGCUCAAGCAGAGCCAGGUGGAGUAUGAGGGACUAAAACAUGAAAUCAAAGUACUGGAGGAGGAGACUGUUCUCCUAAACAGUCAGCUGGAAGACGCAUUACGUCUGAAGGACAUUUCGGAGGGUCAGCUGGAGGAGGCCCUGGACGCCCUCAAAAGUGAGCGCGAGCAGAAGAACAAUCUGAGAAAGGAACUGGCCCACCACAUCAGCCUGAGUGACAGUGUCUACGGAGCAGGGGCCCAUCUGGCGCUCACCGUCACCGGUGUAGAGGGUCUCAAGUUCCCUGAGGAGACCAACGGAACCAACGGCACCAACGGCAGCUCCAUCCCUGCUGCUAACGGCAACAAUGAGGACAGCAACCGCCGCAACUGCCUCGUUCACACAGGCACCGGAUUGGCUAAGAUGAACGGGGACUACCGGCCAGGCCGAAAAGGAGAAGGCCUGCACCCCGUGCCGGACCUGUUCAGUGAGCUCAACCUGUCCGAGAUGCAGAAGCUCAAACAGCAGCUGCUACAGGUGGAGCGGGAGAAGUCGGUGCUUCUCAUGAACCUGCAGGAGUCCCAGACCCAGCUGCAGCACACACAGGGCGCCCUGACCGAGCAGAACGAGCGCGUCCAUCGCCUCAUGGAGCGCGUCAGCGGCAUGAAAUGUCUCAACGGAGACAAAGAGCUUGAUGAACCCCAGGAGAGUGAGAAACCUGACGGGGGCUCCUCAUCGCCACCAGCCAAUGGUCACCAUGAUCCAGAUAUCCAUGGGUUCGAGAUCCUGGAGUGUAAGUACAAGGUGGCGGUGACGGAGGUGAUCGACCUGAAAGCAGAACUGAAGGUCCUGAAGGAGAAGUACAACCAGGCCGUGGAGGGGCAGGGGGACAGCCACAGCGACGAAAGGGUCCCGGCACUGACUGAACAGCAGGUAACUCAUUUGGAGCGUAGUUAUCGUGAGAGUCGGGAGAGGGUGGCGAGCCUGGAGGCAGAGCUCCGAGCCUCGGCGAGCACGGCCACGGAGAGCCAGGGUAUGCUGAACGCAGCGCAGGAUGAGCUGGUAACCUUCAGCGAAGAGCUGGCACAGCUCUACCACCACGUCUGCCUGUGCAACAACGAGACCCCCAACCGCGUCAUGCUGGACUACUACCGCCAGAGCCGCGUCACGCGUAGCGGCAGCCUGAAGGGCUCGGAAAAGUCAUCACAUCUCCCCUUAAGCUUUCUGCCCGCUCCCAGUCUCCGGGCAGGUGGGGACCUGCGUAAGGAGCCCAUGAAUAUCUACAACCUGAACGCCAUCAUCAGAGACCAGAUCAAACACCUGCAGAGGGCUGUGGACCGCUCGCUGCAGCUGUCCAGGCAGAGGGCUGCAGCCAGGGAGCUGGCGCCGAUGCUUGACAAGGACAAGGAGUUGUGCAUGGAGGAGAUACUCAAACUGAAGUCCCUGCUCAGUACCAAGAGAGAGCAGAUAGCCACGCUCAGGCUGGUGCUGAAGGCCAAUAAACAGACAGCGGAGGGGGCACUGGCGAAUUUGAAGAGCAAGUACGAGAAUGAAAAGGCGAUGGUGACAGAGACCAUGAUGAAGCUGAGGAACGAGCUCAAGGCUCUGAAAGAAGAUGCCGCCACUUUCUCGUCUCUCAGGGCCAUGUUUGCCACAAGAUGUGAUGAGUACGUUACCCAGCUGGAUGAGAUGCAGAGGCAGCUGGCAGCAGCAGAGGAUGAGAAAAAGACGUUGAACUCCCUCCUCCGUAUGGCCAUCCAGCAGAAACUGGCCCUGACCCAACGGCUGGAGGAUCUGGAGUUUGACCACGAGCAGACUCACCGCGGCCGCGGCGCUAAAGUGCCCAAGAUAAAAAGUAGCCCGCCCAAAUUUCUCGUAGAUUGUCAGCAGCCUGCUGCCUCAAUAUCGUCACUCUCCCCACAACUAAGGCGAGGGAGAGCCUCCCUAGCCCGCAGUCCUAAAUUGUUGGCAGACCUCCAGAAACACCGUGCGGUCCUGUCCAGCAGCAGUAGCCUUCUCUCCCCCUGCGACCCUCGUAACUGUCUGGCCCAUCAGCCCCCGCUCCCCGGCACCUAACCCCCACCGCGCCAUCCCAGGCUCUGGCCUCGGUCCGGUAGGAGUCAUGCAGAGACAGAGAGACACUUUGGAUUGGGGUUCCCUCAGUUUUACUACCCCCCAACCUAGCAUCCACCUGGUGCGUAUUGGACUCUGUGACCCCCCCACACCUCCCACCCCCCUAAGCGCAAACAUGGUCCAGCCCUCAGCAGUACUCCUGGUUACCUGGGUCGCAGAAGAAGAGCAAGACGCUCUCGUCUUCUCUGGAAGUGACAUCCAGUCCUGGGAAAGGACUGAACUAAGACGCAAAAUGAGUGAUGAAUCACUGGAAUCUUUUCCCUUAAUCGUAUUAGUAUUUAUUUAUAAUUUAUUUACUCUAUUGAUUAUUUAUUUACAUAUUGAUUUGUAACACAUUUCUAAAAAUAUUUAUUACUGGAAUGUUUUUUUCUGUGUUUGUUGGUCAUUCUUCAGUAUGGAAAUCGAGCCGUGUGUUAUUGCUGUGGUGAAGACUUCGGUGGUCACAGACAAUUUGGCACAUUCACUACCGUACACGGCCGAACAAAGGAAAACCAGUGCAACCAAAACCAGACCUGCGAAGGUUCUUUCUGGUGUAGUAAACCGAUUUCAAACUUGCCUCAUCAUACUAUACGGCAUUAAAAUGUCAGAUUUUGACAGUAUAAUAAUCCAAACACAUGUAUGCCACUUUCACAUAGGAGUGUUAGAGUACAUUGGGUUUGACAUUGCAGACAGACUAAAGAAGGUAAACACUAUUUUAAGAAAACUGUUUUUUGUGGUGGUGAUGGGUGGAUUUCAGCUACCUUUCUAACAUCACUAGUCUUUCUCGGGAUGCUUGUCAUUUUUUUUAUACAACGAUUUUUUUUUUUUUGCAAAUCAUGUGCAUAAAGACUAUUUUAUACCUCCUAUUAUUUGUAUUUAUUUUUUACAGCAGACUCUAGUGGCAUGGUUGUGUCUGUUUAUGUAGCUCAGAUCUUCAGAGACUGAGAUAGACCUGGACUAGGGCUGUUGGCCUGAAGUUUGCCUUUUGAAUUGCACAGGUUUAAGUAAACAUGGAGUGAACUGACCUCCAUCAUUUUAACAUUAGUUAAGAGCAGAGAGGGUUACCCAAAAGCGUUCCUCUUCUCGAGUUACCGUCAUUGUAUUCUCACCCAGUAUUCGCUGUCUUCCUCUUUCACUGUAUUGGCCACCCCCAGAAAACUGUUAUUAUGACCCUUUGUUCAUCCUAUAAUGACAGUGACAGAAAUUACAUUUACAUGUCUAGCUGUCUUGACAUGCUUCCUCCAAACAGUAUGCAGUACUGUCUAAGCACAAUUAUGCAUAUGCAUUAAAGCAAUACAGUAGUGCCGGUCGGAGACCGAUCUGAUUAAGAUGAACUCAAUCUUUCCAUUUCUAUCACCACAAACUAACCAGCGGGCUGAUAAGAAAGGCAAGACAAUUGGGGACACAAUCAAAGAUAUUAUUUCUUUUUGAAACAUUGUUUUGAUCACAGAGGGGCAAAGUCUGACUGUGAUGGAUGUAAUGUGUGAUGUCGCAUAAUUGAAAUCCCGUUCCUCUGUCUUUGUACCCUCGUCAUGUCUAAAGUGUUCUCCUCACUGCACUGAAUACAUAUUUUUGCCAGAUGGAUAUGAAAUGGAUAAACUACAUAGCCAGUAUAGCGUUGUAAUGACAAAGCAUUUCUGUUACAACAGCGAUGAACGAGUGGACUCUUUCUGUUCUUUGUGUGUGUGUGUGUGUGUGUGUGUGUGUGUGUGUGUGUGUGUGUGUGUGUGUGUGUGUGUGUGUGUGGUGUGUGUGUGUGUGUGUGCGUGUGUGUGCGUGUGUGUGUAAAUGUGUUGGACUUGUCUUUGUUAACAGUGAAGAUUGUUACUUUUUGCAACUACAGAGUGAUGAAAAUAUGUGUGGUCCAAAGUAGCUUCUGAACCCACGCAGGCUCAUUGGUGACCUAACUCUUGGUUUGUUUGCACAAUAUAGAAGUGGAUGGAGAGAGACUAAUCUGAUGAAAGAAAAAAAAGUAAAAAAAAAAGAAAAGAAGAACAAUAGCUGUUCUACAGUGGGUUUGACAGUUUCUCCUCCAUUUCAAACAGUGUUUCAUUGGUUUCACAAGUAAAUAAAAGACCUGUCCUUGGA